AUGUCACAAAAAAAAAACGUUCUCUUGCUGAAACCAGCGACACAAAGCUCAAUAUACGUUUUUAAUAAAACAUCGCACCCUGGCUCACUGGCUGUUGACGGUAAUAAAAAUCCAGAUUUCAAUCUCUGGAGCUGCUAUCAUGCUGGAGAUGAACUUUUCAAUGAUUUAUGGGUUUUGGUUGACAUGAUCAUUCCAUACCAAAUUGAUUAUGUCUUAUUAUGGACUAGAAAAAAUAUUGCGUUAACUGCACGCAUGGACAACUUCAUCAUAGGAUUGACAAACGUCAACUACUUCAACCUUCCCACCAACCAGACCAUCAGGGGUAAGUUUCCUCUUUGUGGUGUAUACCCCUAUCCUACUAAGGCCAGUUUUGGACAUCGUGUCAACUGCAGUUCCAACUUGCCUGCUUCCAGAUAUGUCAUCGCUCAACAAGCUGAAAACGUUCCAAGUGGACUUUGUGUCUGUGAACUUAAAGCUUUUCCAAGAGAAGAGAGAGUCUGGAGGCGUGUAAAGGGAGUGAAAAUGGUUAAUUAUGUUUUAUAUACCAAACCAUCCAAAUCUGUCAAUCAAUGCAUUCUAAUGUGUUUGAGUACGAUCAACUGUUUUUCCACGAAUUUCGGGAUGAGAAACAAAAAUUGUGAAUUGAAUAAUGGAACAAUUGAGAGCAUCAUCAACUAUGAAACCAAUUCUUUUUAUGAUUAUUGGCAAUCAUUUUGA